UGACCAAAUAAUGAACAAGAAAGAUUUCUGAACAACCUAGCAAGCGAGCAGCAUCAUCCAUUUGCCAUACGCCUGUGUGCGGCUGCACACAUUUCGAUAGAACCGUCAUUAUUCUCAAUCGAGAGGGCAGGAAGGCCUUGAUUCUCGUAUUAUUAUUUAUCUAUCGAGGAAAGAAUGGCGGCAAACGAGGGGGACGAUGCCACAGUAUCUCUGGUGGAUGUUUUGGAGGAAGACGAGGAGUUGGAAAACGAGGCAUCUGCUGUCCUAGGAGGGAGUGAUUCCGAGAAGUGCUCCUAUCCGGAGGGAUACGUGAAGCGUCAAGCUUUAUACGCAUGUAACAGCUGCACGCCAAAGGGAGGAGAACCGGCCGGGAUCUGCCUGGCCUGCUCCUACAAAUGUCACGAGGGCCAUGAACUCUUUGAGCUUUACACGAAGAGGAAUUUCCGUUGUGAUUGUGGAAACAGCAAGUUUGGGGACAUGGAGUGCAAGUUAUUUGCAGAAAAGGAUAAGCUGAACACAGAGAAUAAAUACAGCCACAAUUUCUUUGGCUUGUAUUGUACUUGUGACAGACCAUAUCCAGACCCAGAAGACCAGAUUCCAGAUGAGAUGAUUCAGUGCAUUAUCUGUGAGGACUGGCUCCAUGGCAGACACCUGGGCUGUGCUGUUCCAGAGAGUGUGGAGCUUCAGGAGAUGGUGUGCGAGUCUUGCAUGAACAAAGCCCCUUUCCUCUGGAUUUAUGCUGCACACCUGGCAGUGCCUCCCACAACAAAAGAAAGUCCAUGCAAAGCAGAGGAUGGAGUGAAAAUAGAAGAGGAGAACAAAGAGGAUGAGAAGGACAGAGGAGAGGAAGCCUCCACCAGCCCUGUGGAUGAGAAGGUCAAGGUGAAUGGGACAAUUGGAUGCAAGCGGAGGCAUCAGGAGAUGGAGGAGGGCUCCCCAGCGGGGAGCGUGGAAUGCAGGCUGAGGGAAUUGAAGGCCUUGGGGAAGAGGAGAGCUGAAGUGGGAGCGGUGUUUUGGCCUUCUGCCUGGAGGGCUAAACUCUGCCUAUGCAACGGCUGCAAGAAACUCUAUGCAGAGGCUGGUGUGGCCUUUCUCCCAGAUGAGGCUGACACGGUCCUGGCCUACGAGAACAAGGGCAAAAUCACAGAGCAGGCCGGAGGCACGGGAGGUCGCGACCCCCUGAUGUCAGCACUCGACAAUCUGAAUCGUGUGCAACAGCUGGAAAUCAUCCAUGAGUACAAUGACAUGAAGACUGAGUUGAAGGAUUACCUGCAGAGGUUUGCAGAGGAAGGCAAGGUGGUUACUCCAGAGGACAUCCGUCAUUUCUUUGAACAGCAGCAGACACGUAAAAGGCGACGGGCCAACGCUGGCCAGUAUUACUGCAGCUGAACCGUCCUCGACCGCUCUGUACUGUAGCCUGUCCAGAGGGCCCGUUCAGCUGUCCUGUCUGUUUCCCAGUCUCUCUCUGUGCCCAAUAGCCUUUCCAACUGCAACAGUUUGCUUUGAAAUAAAUAUGCAGUUUAUUAAACAAAUCCAGAGGGCCCACAUAAUCUCAUAUGACUUGGACCUUGUACAGACUGUAUUGUGUAAUGUAACCUUUUUGUUCCCAAAGACAUAACUUGAAGGCCACCCCCCCCAAACAGAUCGUUAUAAUUGGUUUGGAACCCGAAAGGUUUGACCCCCCGCAGUCGUAUUCUGAACGUGGUUCAGGUUUUUGGAGGUGUGAAAUCCAAAUCUCAGUGUUCCUGUUUGCACAUGGUUGUAUGAUAUUUCCUUUUAGUAUUUUGGUCAGAAACAAGUCCCCCUCUCUCUCUCUCGUAGCACUUGAUGAUUCAUUUUAGAGUUUUUCUCUAGUGGGGCAGCUUGUAUCAGAUCCUGCCAUACUGAAGUAAGGUAUUUCUACCAAGAACAGGAUGUGGCUACAGAGAGUCACGUGAGGCUAUGGUAGAACUAGCAGUUUCAUAGAAGAAAACUGCCAGCGUCAAAGGGCCACAUUUACUCCCGCCUUUAGCACAUGUAAAAAUUGUUAGGGUUUGUUAAACUGCAGAUAAAAUAAUUGACACGACAAAUGCGUUGAACGAAUGCUAUCGUGGAUGUUGCACGAGCCAAAGGCUUAAGUAAAAUAAGCUCUCAAAUGAAAAUUGUGACCAAGUAGUCCUUUUUUAUUAUUAUUAUU